UAGUAUCACAAUUAUUUCCAGAAACCUAACCCCUGUUUUUGGAAUGUCACGUGGGUGUGGCGGGGAAGUUACUUUGAAGCGUGACACUGCGGAUCUGCGUUACAUUCCCAUGGUUACACCUGAAGAAACUUGAGUGGAGAGGAACCUUUUAUCAAGUUCCAUUUGAAUUGCAGACUGGGUCCACAGAUGUUCACUCGUCAGUGUGAAGAGACAUUCCUCAUUUGAGGUUUUCGGUUCAAUUCUAUUCUUCACUUUUUUGGACUAGGCGACGGGUUACGAAAGGAACUGUGUUUCUCUGUUUUCUCUUCAUGUAAAAUGUUCCACAAGAGAUCGCUUGGAAGUUAGCAUUUCGUAGCUUAGCGGACAUUGCUGAGAUCAUCUUGCAGUGCUAAUUGUCUUAGCGAUAUGUGACUAUUUGUAGUUGGCCGUGCUCUUUGGUUUGGGAAUGUGUUGACGUAGGAGGAGUGUGAGUCUUUUUGUUUCCUGAAUUAAGGCCUCGAGGAGGAGCCUUCGCGUGAGACUCCCCCAUAUUGAGGCGGUCUCGAACUUUUCACCAUGUCCGCCACGGCACUCCUUCACCGGAAGCUAAUCUCCAAUCCAGUUCAUCGUUGCAAUGCAUUUCCUCGAUUGUCCAGCAACUUGACGACAAAUACACCCACUGUGGGGUUUCUAAAGAAUCGGACCGCAUCUUCAUUGUCUGCUUCCAGCACUUACCAUUCUUUGCUUGUAAAUCAAUUCCUCGGCGUCCCUUGCGGGAGAUCCUUUGCCGAACGCAACCCUGGCUUCACCAAGGAGAGAAAAGCUAGAGGGCAGAUUUGUGCGUCUCUGGCAACCCCCCUGAUUGCGGCCACGGAUUCGUGGGGCACUUGGACUGUGCUUCUUGCUGCUGGCGCUUUCGGGCUCUGGUCUGAGAAGACGAAAUGGGGAAGUGCGCUAAGUGGAGCACUAGUAAGCACACUGGUUGGGUUGUUUGCGAGCAACGUAGGCAUAAUUGCAUCGGAGGCACCAGCUUACGUUAUUGUGAACAAAUUCCUUCUACCCCUCGCUGUGCCAUUGCUCCUCUUUGGGGCAGAUAUGCGACGAGUCUUGGGCUCUACUGGUCGUCUCCUUGGUAUUUUUUGCAUCGGAUCAGUGGCUACUGUUUUGGGCACUCUUGCUGCUAUGGUGAUGGUUCCGCUGAAAUCCUUGGGCCCUGAUGGAUGGAAGAUUGGUGCUGCAUUAAUGAGUCGUCAUAUUGGAGGAGCUGUGAAUUAUGUGGCUGUGACGGAAGCUCUAGGCGCGUCUCCAUCGAUAGUAGCAGCUGGUCUGGCAGCAGAUAAUCUUAUAUGCGCAGUCUACUUCACCACUCUGUUCGCCUUGGCAUCAAAAAUUCCUCCUGAACAAGCAUCAACUUCAGGAAAAGUCGAGGGGUUUGUGGAAGGGAGAGGCCAAGUGCAAGUGCUAGAAGGUUCGAUUGCACUGGCCUUGUCUGCCACUAUUUGCACAGGUGGAGUGGCGGUAGCAAAGCACUUUGGCUUCCAAGGCGGAAGCAUCGCGUGCAUUACUGGCAUUGUUGUCACAUUAGCCACUAUGUUUCCAACCUGGGUUGGCUCUCUUGCUCCUUCUGGAGAGGGUAUUGCCAACAUUCUCAUGCAGAUUUUUUUUGCCACUGUGGGUGCCAAUGGCAGUGUGCGAAACGUGAUCGAGACAGCACCAGCUCUGUUCUUCUUCAGUUUAGCUCAAAUUGCUGUCCAUCUAGGUAUCGUAAUUGGAGUUGGGAGGUUUUUCAAGUUUGAAAUGCGCGAAAUUCUGCUGGCAUCAAACGCAAACGUAGGCGGUCCUACAACAGCAGGCGGUAUGGCUACAGCUAAGGGUUGGAGGUCUCUACUGGUUCCGUCCAUCCUCAUUGGUAUUUUCGGAAUUGCCAUUGCAACAUUUUUGGGGAUCGCCAUUGGCUAUUCUGUGCUGAGCAAGAUGUGAUCACUCUUGCUCAGUUGGUGUAGGAAUCUUCAAGUGGGUUACCUCAACUAGUGCAAAACAAUCAAGGGAAUACCAGAUUCAGUGGGCACAUUCUCUAGGGUUGAGUUAGGAAACCAUGUAUCGUGCUGGAUUCUGCGGAUCAAUAAACCCCGUUGUAGUGGCAGACCAAGUUGAACACAA